UUACCAACUAGUAUUAGUAUUUGCCACUCUCUCUUCAUUCAUCCAUUUAUCGGCGACGGCAACCACUCCCAACCCAGCCCAUCGUCACCACCGCCAUCAACUACCCCAACCAUCGUCUUGCAUCGUUUCUACCAUAUGGGCAUCAACAAAAAGCAAUUGGGUGUGGUUUAAAUUAAGACCAAAAUCGUUUCAAUGCUUAAUCUGGUACUUCAAUGCGUGGCUCAUUCAAGAGCUGAGAUUUUCGUCCAAGAUAUGAGGAUUUUGGGUUUUCUAGCAAUUUCUUGAAAUUGAAAUCUACGUGAGAUUCUUGCUUGAUAGCAGAAAAACACUUGUUUUUGUAUAUAUCUGUUAAAUGUUUGGAUUGGAGAAGCUUUAAUUGGGGAGAGUUUGGGUGGUGGUUUUGAAAGAUCAGGAGGUAUGGUUUGAAUGCGGAUAUGGUUAAUGGGUCUUGUGGUUUGAGCUUGGUGACUGUUCAAUUGAAGAGUGUGUUGGUUUUGUGGUUGAGGGCAGAAGAUUGAUUAGGUUGUUGUUCGUAGCAUUGCUGCAUUGGAAGCAUUUGCCGGUCUGAAUUGACAAUCAUUGGAUUUUGAAGAACUACGAUUUCCAAGAAAUUGAAAUGAUUGCAUCUUCACACUGCCUGCGUUUUACUGAGAAGACAUAGAUCUUAAAAGGGGGGAAAACAACCUAGAGUUGAUUCCUCUGACAGUUGAAACACUUUGACAAAACUUGCUAAACUUCCAAAUUGUGAUCUGCGUUUUACAGAUAAUAAAGUAUGCAAGUUCAACGGCUUUCACUCCCAAGUUAUACUCUCUCUCCACCCAAUGUCUCACAAUCAAAGCAACUCUCCACCAAGCUUUUGAGGUUGAAUCCACAUUCCACAUCUGGGUUUUGCAAUUCAGCAAAAGUGAUGUUUAAGUCACCAACAGGUGUAAGAAACCAUGGUGGUUUGGUUGGGGUCAGGUGUGAAGUAGCACAACAAGAAGAUAGAGACGAUGGGUUUUAUAUGAGGAGGUGUGUGGAGCUUGCAAGAAAGGCUAUUGGGCGUACUAGCCCCAAUCCUAUGGUCGGUUGUGUUAUUGUCAAGGAUGGCAAGGUUGUUGGUGAAGGCUUUCACCCUAAAGCUGGCCAACCACAUGCUGAGGUUUUUGCUCUGAGAGAUGCUGGAGAUUUGGCUGAAAAUGCAACAGCUUAUGUGAGCUUGGAGCCAUGUAAUCACUAUGGGAGAACUCCACCAUGCACUGAAGCCCUAAUCAAAGCCAAAGUUAAAAGGGUCGUGGUCGGAAUGGUGGAUCCAAAUCCAAUUGUAGCAUCUAAGGGGUUGGAUAGAUUAAGAGAUGCGGGAAUUGAUGUUAUAACGGGUGUAGAAGAAAAAUUAUGCAAGAGACUAAAUGAGGCUUAUAUCCAUCAUAUGCUAACCGGGAAUCCUUUCGUCACUCUCAGAUACUCUAUCUCAGUCAAUGGACACUUUUUAGAUCAGCUUGGGGAAGGAGUUGCUGAGCUUGGUGGUUACUACUCUCAAUUGUUACAGGAAUAUGAUGCAAUUAUACUUUCUUCUGCCACAGUAACUGAGAACAACUCUCUUCCAGCAUCACAAGAAGCCGGUGCUGAUCAACCGCUCCGGAUUAUAAUAGCGAGUAGUAGUUCUUCAAUCCAAAUCCCAGGACUGACCAUGGAACCAAGCGGUAAGCUAAUAAUAUUUGCAGACAAUGAGACAACAGUAGAACUAGAAAGCACUCAAACAGGUAUUGAAACUGUGGUGUUGGAUCAGAUAAAUUUAAAUGCUAUUACAGAAUACUGCAAAUCUCAAGGAUUCUGUAGUGUUUUGUUGGAUUUAAGGGGAAAUAUAAGUGAUUUUGAAAAGGUUCUCCAAGAUGGUACUGAGCAGAACUUGCAAAAAAUUGUGAUCGAAGUAUUGCCCAUCUGGGAUCAAAGUGGGGGCGGGGAUUUCCCUAUUGCAUUGAAUAGUCUGAGUAAAAGAGUAGAAGUAAAGAAUUUGCAGGCUAAGAUUUCAAAUCAGAAUGUUGUGCUUGGAGGAUAUUUGUAAAGUGAUUGGAACGCAAAUUUAGAGCUGGCUUGACUCUUCUUUAUCUGGAGACGGGAGAGGAGGAUUUUUGAUAACAUUCAGGUAGUUUGAAUUUGGUCUACAAUGUACUUCAGUUUUUAGAGUUUAUGCUGUUACCACUUUUUCUCUAUUGUUUAUAUUGGGGGUUUGCUGUAUGCAA